AUGCAGACUGCAUCUACAAACAUUUGUGAAUUAAUGGGUUGCUCUCUCGAGCUCAGUGAAUUCAAGCAUGGUACCUUGAUAGGUUGCCACCUGUGCAAUAAGUCCAUCCAUGAAACUUCCUUGCUACUAAAUAUUCCACGGUCAACUGUUAUUAGUAUUAUACUAAAGUGGAAGUAACUGGGAACAACAGCAACUCAGCCACGAAGUGAGCGGGGUCAGCGCAUGCUGAAGCGCACAGUGUGCAGAAGUCACCAACUGUCUGCAGAGUCAAAAGCUAAAGAUGUCCAAACUUUGUGUGGACUUCAUAUUAGCACAACAGUGUGUAGAGUGCUUCAUGGUAAUAGG